GGAGCCACGGCUGCCACCACUACUACUACCGCUGCUGCUGUCCAGCGCCACCCGUCCCGCCUCGAAGGACAACUCCGCUCCACGCACCCCACGCGAGAUUUUUAAUUUUAUUCCUUAAACUCUCACCUGAGAAUCUUCCCUCUCUUCUCUUCCACCCUCCCUCCGAUUCUUCAAAACUGGGAAGGAAAAGACGACUCGAAGGAGGAGAAGUGAGGAACAGCAAAAUGAUGCUCCAACACCCUGGCCAGGUGUCUGCUUCGGAAGUCAGUGCCACUGCCAUGGUCCCAUGCCUGUCUCCUUCUGUGUCCCUGGGUUUUGAAGACUUCACAAAUCUAACUCCGCUGGUGAAAGAAGAAUUGAGAUUUGCCAUCCAGAACAAGUGCCUGUCGCACAGGAUGUCCUCCACGCUGGACACAGUCAUGGUUUCGGACAGACCUGGGGAAAUGUCUGUUUUGAAAGCAGAGUGUGCGCCUGAAGAUGAAAGGAAAAGGCGACGGAGGGAGAGGAACAAGAUUGCAGCAGCCAAGUGUCGAAACAAAAAGAAGGAGAAGACUGAAUGUCUCCAGAAGGAAUCGGAAAAGCUGGAAACCAUCAAUGCAGAACUGAAGGCUCAGAUUGAGGAGCUGAAGAACGAGAAGCAGCAUUUGAUCUACAUGCUUAAUCUGCACAGGCCCACCUGCAUCGUCCGGGCCCAGAACGGCAGGACGCCGGAGGACGAAAGGAACCUCUUCAUUCAGCAGAUAAAAGAAGGAACCUUGCAAGGCUAAGUGACAAUGCUAGGUGCCCUUAGGGCGUGCCUCUGACACCAAAAAAUUAAACCCCAGCACAUCACCCCAAGCCAGAAGCCAUAGAGAAGGUAUCUUGGUAUUUGUGGUCUCCCAUUGGUCGAGAAAAGGCAGAGGAGAUGACAUUGCUAAGAAGAAAAGACUUGCGCUAGCUUAGCUGUGAUUCAGGUUUUAGUAUCUGCCAUACUUGCUGUUCCUAGAAGCCGUACAGCUACAGACUUGUUAAACCCCUGAUGGCAUGUGGUACUUGCACUUGAGUAGAACACUAGGACUUGCCGUAAUGCACAUCUUAUGGACAGCCAAGCUGAAUGGACCCCCCCCCCAUUUGUCCUUGAUUGGGGUAGGAAGUGUUAGAUAGCGUGGGCUGUUCGUUUCUUUUGCUUUGUACUUUCAAAAGAAAGAGGUUGGCAACUUCCAGAAUGCUGCUUUCAAUUCCGAAAGGCAUUGCGAUGUAACGGGAAUUACUGUGUUUCUAUAUCCGAGUGCAAUGUUUUUUAAACCGAGCUUUACGCUCUCUUUGUAUUGUUGUUUUCACGGAAGCCUUUCUGUGGGUUUUUUGAUGACUCACAUUGGGGGGUGAUUUGUGGGUGAUAUGACAGGCAUCAGCUUCUGUAAAAAAGA